GCCGUUUCCAGAAAGGCUCUCCUCUCCCAUGUCACUGCGCGCUUUCAAGGAGACUCUCAAGCCGUGCACAAGCCAACCGUCUUCUCCAUCGGUUAGCCAAGCGCAAUCUUCGAUUUUCCGAGAUUCCGACUUCCCAAUCCCGAGGAAACCCCCAAAGUCCUCUCUCACCCAGCAGCUUCGUCGCCUGCAAGACCCACUUGCUCCUCCCCUAAUUCAGCCUCACAAUUCCCUAAGCGAGAAAGGAACAGAAAGUAGUGACGUCGUGGAUGAUGAUGAUGAGGAGGAGGAGGAGGAGGAGGAGGAGGAGGAGCCAGAAUUGAAGAGGGAAAAAUUCGGUAGAGCUAAAUUGUGUCAGUUUCAGUUCGAUCAUACUGGACCCUUUGAGCCUCUGGUAUUGUCUUCGGAUGGAGAAGUUCCAGUGGUACAGGUUCCUGCAUCUAUCAACUGCAGACUGCUUGAACAUCAAAGAGCGGGAGUGAAGUUUCUGUAUAGUUUGUAUAAAAACAAUCAUGGAGGCAUUCUUGGCGAUGACAUGGGUCUUGGAAAGACCAUUCAAACAAUAGCAUUUCUUGCUGCUGUGUUUGGUAAAGAUGGAGAAUAUAUGCCAAAGGAAAAUCAAGCAAUGAAAAGAGACCCUGUAUUAAUAAUUUGCCCAACUUCUGUUAUCCAUAACUGGGAGAGUGAGUUCUCUAAAUGGGCAAACUUUAGUGUUUCCAUUUAUCAUGGUUCAAACCGAGAUCUAAUAUAUGAUAAAUUGGAAGCACAUGGAGUGGAGAUACUUAUUACCAGUUUUGACACAUACAGAAUUCAUGGUAGCAUCUUGUCAGAAAUCAAAUGGGACAUUGUGGUCAUUGAUGAGGCUCAUCGGCUCAAGAAUGAGAAAUCAAAGCUCUACAGAGCAUGUUUAGAAAUAAAAACCCAAAGACGUUUUGGUCUUACUGGCACGAUCAUGCAAAAUAAGAUCAUGGAACUGUUUAAUCUCUUUGACUGGGUUGUUCCAGGAUCCCUGGGAACACGGGAACAUUUUCGAGAUUUCUAUGAUGAACCCCUCAAGCACGGUCAGAGGUCAACUGCUCCGAAGAGGUUUGUUGAUAUUGCCAACAAGCGAAAACUGCACCUUGUUACAGUUCUUCAGAAAUAUAUGCUAAGAAGGACGAAGGAAGAGACCAUUGGGCAUCUUAUGAUGGGAAAGGAAGAUAAUGUUGUGUUCUGUGCCAUGAGUGAAUUACAGAAACGGGCAUAUCGGAGAAUGUUACAACUUCCUGACAUCCAAUGCCUUAUUAAUAAGGAUUUGCCUUGUAGCUGUGGAAGCCCACUCACACAAGUUGAAUGUUGCAAGAGGAUUGUAUCAAAUGGAAUCAUUUGGCCUUACCUCCACAGAGAUAACCCUGAUGGUUGUGAUUCAUGUCCCUUUUGCCUUGUCCUUCCUUGCCUUGUCAAGCUCCAACAGAUAAGCAAUCACCUUGAGCUGAUCAAGCCAAACCCCAAAGAUGACCCAGAGAAACAAAGAAAAGACGCAGAGUUUGCUGCUGCUGUCUUUGGCCAUGAUAUAGAUUUGGUGGGUGGGAACACGCAGAAUGAGAAUUUUAUGGGUCUAAGUGAUGUCAAACAUUGUGGAAAAAUGAGAGCACUUGAAAAACUUUUGUUUUCAUGGAUCUCUCAGGGUGACAAAAUACUUGUGUUUAGCUAUUCUGUAAGAAUGCUUGACAUACUGGAGAAAUUUCUUAUAAGAAAAGGCUACUGCUUCUCAAGGCUUGAUGGAUCUACUCCAACUAAUUUACGUCAGUCUCUGGUUGAUGACUUCAACUCAAGUCCAAGCAAACAAGUAUUCUUGAUAUCAACUCGAGCUGGCGGGCUUGGAUUGAACCUUGUCAGUGCAAAUCGUGUGGUGGUAUUUGAUCCCAACUGGAAUCCCGCUCAAGACUUACAGGCACAGGACAGGUCGUUCCGAUUUGGGCAGAAGCGACAUGUUGUGGUAUUCCGGCUUCUUGCAGCUGGCUCACUUGAAGAGCUUGUUUAUUCUCGUCAGAUCUACAAGCAGCAACUGUCAAAUAUUGCUGUCUCUGGAAAAAUGGAAAAGCGUUAUUUUGAAGGGGUCCAGGACUGCAAGGAAUUUCAGGGGGAACUUUUUGGAAUUUGCAAUUUAUUUCGAGAUUUAUCUGACAAGCUUUUUACAAGCGAAAUAGUUCAUGUGCAUGAUAAGGAAGGAAAAGAGCACAAGCGUAGAAUAGAGCGAGGAGAAAAACUUGUUCCUUCAGAAGAAGCUGAUAUAUUAGUAUCAGGUUCUGGGAGCAGGUUAUCAACCAAUUAUAAGGGGACUUCAACUAGUGAAGCAGAUCUGGAAGAUCUUGGCAUUGUCUAUGCUCAUCGGAAUGAAGACAUAGUCAACUUCGGUUCCGCCAUUCAAGGGAAGACAAAGACCACCAUCCAUCACAGUGAAAGCCAAAGCAUGCCUCUUGUCCAGGGAGAAGAACCAGAGUUUGCAGUUAAAAAACAGAAAGUUCCCAUCAUCAAUGAGAGGAAGAGAGCCCAAUUUAGGCUGCUCGCUCGGUCUAGAGGCAUGGGAGAGCUUGAAUUUAGCAUGUGGUUAUUAUCAGCGACUCCAAGAGAAAGAGAGGAAGUGCUUCAAGAAUACAGGACUACAGGAGGAAGGAGAUACCUUGAAGCCGAAAGGUACAGUCUUCCUCUUGCCAGUGAAGGCUGAAGGACUACUAUACUUAUUUGCACAUAGGGCACUCGUUGAUAGAAAAUGAGAACAGUGUGCAGUAUAACAUAUCAGGAUGUACAGUCAUACUUGUCUUUGCCAAGAAUUGCAGUAAGGCUUUCUGCAUUUGAUUGAUUAGUCUUGAUGUUAUUCUUAGCUGUGUUAUAGAUCUCCAGACUCGGGCGUAAUAUAAAGAAAGCGAAUACAUCAA